AUGCUCGGCAAAACAUUGUACUUGCACGGAUGCCUGCUCCUGCUCAUCUUCCUUCUGGCAAACGUAUCAGGCAGCCAUGCUGAAACCACUGUCGCUCCAGACUCAGAGGACGGCAGCAAGAGGAGGUCGCUGGCCACCAGCAUGUUCUGUGUGGCGAAGCCGGGCGCGGACCCAACGGCGCUGCAGGUGGGACUGAACUGGGCGUGCGGGCCGGGCCAAGCGAACUGCGCGCCCAUCCAGCCCGGCGGACCGUGCUACAAGCAGAACAACCUGGAGGCGCUAGCGUCCUACGCGUACAACGACUACUACCAGAAGAACUUUGCCACCGGCGGCUCCUGCAACUUCGACGGCACGGCCAUGACCACCACCGCUGAUCCCAGCUCGGGGCAGUGCGUCUUCACGGGAAGCUCCAUGGCAGGAGGCGGCACGCCGGCCGCGAGCGCCCCCAGCGGCUUCUCCCCGCCGUCGACGUUCACGCCGGGGAUCGGGAGCCCCUCCAACACCCUGAUCCCUCUGGACGGUGCCGAGAGCCUAGUGUCCAGCGCUCGGUGGGCGAUCUGCGCCCUGCUGCUGGCGUUGCCGCUCUUCUUCCUCUGA